AAGAUAGUUACAGUGAACGUAUUGACUUUUCCCCUCCAUUAUAAAUACCCGGGUUCGCAUGUAGCAAUAGCUGAAAUGUGAAAAUUAGUUAUCGAAACAAAUAGCUUCGAGCGAUGAAAUAUCUUUCAAAGCCAUGAUUUCUUCUGUAAUUUAACAAAGAGAUUGAUGUUUAUUUUAGCGCAAUAGAUAUCUAGUGUAAUUGUCCAUACUCGCUUCCCUAACACUGAACAUCACUGGUAGCAUGAUAAUUGCUUAGGAAUUCGGCCCUGUUUGUGUACAAAUUUCCUUCAGCCGUGUGAAUGUUUUUCACAUACCUUUUCGAGUAGAUUGAUAGUAUUCGUUACUGGGAUACUGUAUUGAGUGGAAUCCAUCCCUUGCUUAUAAAACUCAAAUACCUAUGAUAUAUUGAUAGGAAUAGUACCAGACUGUUAACAGUGAUUGAGUAAAACUGCUGAUUAUAGAGUACGCAUAAUGCUACGAUUAGUUUUUUAGUCGAAAUCCAGAAGACUUCACAGGCGUCAAAUCAAUAUCUUGAUUUUAACAUCUGCAUAGACUGAUAGUUUUUUCGUUUCAAAAAAUGCAAAAAUGAGUGUUGCAGCCCAAACAGUGCGUCUUUUGCCGACGCGAACUGAGAGGAGAAAAAAGCGCGGCCAGAAAGGGCUAUCACCAAGUGUAGCGCUCUUUGCUGCUAUCGCAUUUUUGGUGAUCGAUACCUUGCUUCUACCAUGGUUGCAUGGUUCCAAGAAUGCCAGCCUGCUAAAGAAGAUGAACGACCGCAGCACAAGUUCGAGCAAGAGCAAACUUCAGAGUCUGAUUUCCGACGACAUAUCUUUAGCGGCUGACGCGCCGAGAAACGCGACAAGGCAUGAAGGACAAGUGGUUCCGAAAAGCAGGCAACACGAAGUUUCGAAAAGCAGUUCCAAAGAAGAAACAGUCGUGGCUCCCGCCGCAGUCAGGCUACAUGCAGAUGUUGAGGGGGGCGACAUUGCCAGGAAGAAGCACGAAUCUUCUGAAAGAAGGAUCCUCGGGCCGAGUGAAGAUAGGACGGCUUCGACUUUUGUUGGAGAUGUGGAUAAAGUGCUAGAAGAUCCUAGCAACAGCGCGAUUGAGGAUCGCGUUGUCGACAAGGUCGAUGAAGAAGAACUGCAGUUGCGUCGCAUGCAGCGUGAGGAUGAGGAGGCUUCCUCCGCCAAAGCGGAGAAGGCCAAACAGCAGGAAGUCCACGAAGAAGAGGAGGGCGAGGAAAUUGAGGUUCAGGGUUGGAUUUACGUCUGUGAAAUCGCAACUGUGAUAGUGCUCUCCUUGCUCUUUGAGGCCGGCGAAAACAAUGUGCGUGAGAAUCUGGAAGAGCAGGAAAAAGAGGUGGCCCUAGAGAUUCUGGACUCCUGUUUUGGCGAGUUGACGAUUCUGGGGUUCAUCGGUCUCGCGGUCUUCAUCAGCACGAAAACGGGAGCUGCGGAGGAUUUGGCGAAGAAGAUUUUUGAUGGCUACCACGGAGGCGGUGAAAAUCCUCUCGCCGAAAGUUUCGAAAACGUGCAUAUGUGUAUCUUCUGCGUGAUGAUGGUUUUCAUGCUGCAGGCGGCCACCUUGAUGCACAUCUCCGAACAGCUGGAUCGAAUCUGGGAUCGGUGGGAGAACAUGACUCCGAAAGGGCACGCGAACAGUUUGGAGGCGCACCUGCAACACCACGGCUACCUGGACAAGGACGGCAAGAUGAAAGACGCUUUUACCACGGUGUCUUUCCAAGAGAGAAUGUGGCAACUUGACUCGCACAAGAUGUUGAUCAUUUGGCACGCGCUAAGGCAUAUCUUCAUUUACCCGGUCACUCUUGAGGAUGAAAGGAAAAAGCUGGGGAGCACGGAAGUCGAGGUGAAGGAUCCUGCCAGCUUUGACUUUCGCAUGUACCUGAACAGCAAGAUGGGAGAAUUCUUGAUUGACCUAGUCGAAGUCGACAUCAAAACCUGGUUUUUUUCCCUGCUCGUCGUGGUGCCCUUCGUGUCCAUCGCGACAAGUGUGGACCCGACGGUUAUCAUGGCACUGCAAACGAUGAUGGGGAUUCUCUUCUCGGGCGUUUUCGUUUUUCUGUUGCGGGAUCUGACGAGAAUCGAGUACUCUCUCUCGCCGCAAAUGAGUGAGGACGCGGCGGACUGGCUCUCACACAUGGCUGAGUCGUGGGCGGAGACGCGAAGCAAGAACGGGGGAGGGCGCAAGAUGAUGACGCUCGACGUUGAGGGUUCUGGACGUGUAAAGGGAGGUCUAUUGUCCGACGACCUGGACCCGGAACUGCGCGCAAAGUUGCUCGGUCAAAGCUUCAGCACGCAUGAAGCUCUGUAUAAUUGGCUUAUAAACUUUGGUCUAUUUUCUUUGUUCUAGAUAUGCGUGGUUUUGGGUUAUUGGGUAGAACUCCAUGUAACUACCUCUUUGCAAACUAAUAGAUGGAUGCUGUACCUUUUUUGUGUGAUGCCCUUCGUGCAUUGUAUAUGUUUGAGUUACUACAUACGUCAUUCAGAUUUUGAGAAGAUGCCUAGAAAAAAGCAAUGCCUCCUGUUACCAGGGAUGCUGGGGCAAGACUUCCAUACAACAUUCUAUGUUUAAGUAUUUUUUCUGAAAUUGAAAAACAUUAGGUUGGCACCGAUCCACAAGACGCGGUGUAUGAAGAAGCUACAGGAGGAGAAAAAGCGCGCAAGCUGCGCGUCACGCGACGAGUAUAUCCUCGAAAGUCGGGAGGAAUGGAAACAAUAUACACGACCGUGGCAUGUGCUCUGGCUCGGCGGCGAUCCGGACUACGUUCCGCAUGAGCAUGAUCAGCUGUUCACCUUUCAUGAGAAGGGAAUCGAGGUUUUGCAUCAGGUAAUGCGAACGAUGAUGUUUCUCGAAGCCAUUCUGGUCGCGAGUUUGAUCGUAGUUUUCUUCGUCUUCGACAAAACGCCGGUCGGAUGGUUGCUCUUCGGGUUAUCAGUUGUACAGUGGCCUGUACAGCUUUUCCUUCUCCUACCUAAGAUCAUCACGAAGUUCACGAUCGUCUCCUCCAUUGAAUGCUACAAGGAUGCCGGGUUGAUCCGCAAGGUUAUGCAGUCGGUGCGGGUGCGACGGUUGCGUGAAGCGGUAGGGAUGAUGCAGAUGGUGAAACUCCGCGGUCGGCUUGCGCGCCUGGUCGAACAGAAGCGUGGCAGUCAGCGCGUUAGUACCGUGCAGAACUUAGGCGAUCCCGUCGAGGAGGAAGAUAUGCUGGGACGAAGGAACAGCGGGAUGCUUAAUGACCUGAAAGAUAUGCUCGGAGAAGGCGAGAACGGGCCGCCGAGCAUGAUGCGGAACUCGCAAUGGCUAGGCGAUGACGACGACGACGACGACGAGAAAAUGAACACGGGACGCCCUCGAGAUGGUAUCACAGCGCGCCAGCAGGCAGAGUGGGAGGCUUUGAUGCUGGGCACAUCGGCACCACUUGUCUCUUUCGCAGACCAGGAUGAGCAUAUUGAUUUAGAAAAGGGUCAAGGGUUGAACGCAGAUGCUUUGAAUCAGUUGAAUGCCCAGGAGAAGCCUGCACAGAAGAAAGAGGGUGAAGCCUCUGCCGCUGCGCCAACGCGGAUAGCUACGAGCAUGCGCAUUUCGACAACCUCAAGCUGCGCGUCGCGCGUCGACAACGCUUUUGCGGGUAUCACGCUGCUGAAAAGCGACAAACGGCAUGGUAGUGCCGCUAUUGUCCUCGAAGCCGAGGGGCGCAUCUCGGAGAAGAACUUCAAGCAGUUGGUGCACAAGUAUCGGAAGUUUAAGGAGGAAAAGCAACGCCACAUCGAGCGCGCCUUCGCGCACAUGGACAUUCACCACACUGGCGCGAUCAGUGUGGCCGAGCUGAGGCAACUCUUCAACAAGAUGAAUAUUCUUCCCAACUCCGACGUGCACCAGUCCGCGGAGCAGCUGAUCCACCUGUUUGAUUUGGAUAACGACGGCGAGAUCAAUUUCGAGGAGUUCAAGGCCCUCAUGGUUUUAGCCUACGAGCCAGGAGACCCUAAGGAGGAAGUGAAAGAUUUCGACCGAUUCUUUGACCUCAUCGAUGAGGACGGGUCCGACUCCCUCUCUUACCAGGAGCUCGCUCAGUGUUGCAAGGAUUUCUUCGGCCUGCCGCUCUCAACCUCUGGUACACCUCAACUAUACUAACCUUCUUACUGUUACUGUACAAGUUGAAGCUCUUGAUUUCAAAGUGCGCUCCACCUAGAGUUAAUCUGUAGUCAGAUCAUCAACGCAGCAGUCGAUAAUUUUUGUAAUUUUUCGUAUGCGCCAGAGUUUUACUGCUAGAAACACGGCACUGCACAUGGUCGAAAGAUAUUUGAACUCGAAUUUGAAUCAGUAUUAGCGUUAUGAAUUGAAAUCUACAGAUCUCGGCGAGAUGGUCUAUCACUGUUUUCGUACGGUGAAGGCGGAGCUGUCACGCGACGACUUCGUUGUUUUUAUGCGCUGGCUCCAAGACGUCGACGGUGGGCCGAUGAAGGAAGAGAGAAUGGAGGUGGAGCGCAGCAGUGGCGAAGAAUAUGUGGCAGAAGAGAUAGAGACCAAGGCCGACGAGGGCGAUGGGACCGCACCGCUCGCCGAUGUCGCAAGUCCGACCAACAUGGGGAACGGAAGGAUAGGAGCGGAGGGGGAAGCAGCGGAUCCAAAUGAUAAUGAUCCCAUGAUGGAGGGCGGCCAAGAGCAAGAUUAUACUACUGGUUACGACCUAGAAUUCGGGGAUCUGAAGAUGGACCGCAUAAGAAUUACCAAGCAAGGACUACCGGAACCGCUUUUGUGGAUUCAGGAGCGGGAGAAAGAGAUGGAGUUUAAGAGGCGACUCACCGAGCAAGGCGUGCCGGUGCCAAGACAGUGGGGAGCAAGCUGGCACCUACCAGACGCUCAACUUCUCAAAGUAGUGCAGCGCGAAGAGGAUGUAUAAGAAGGCUGUUGCACCGCGACCAAAAUUGUAAGAGAGAGAAGUUCGUUCUUAUGUAUAAUUGUGACAAAAUGUAGUGUGAUGCCUCCCCUUCUAUCGGCUUGAUUUAGAGUCAGACUUUAUUGACUGAUCGAAGGUAGAAAGACAUCGUUGUGAAUUAUGUAGACCGGAGUUUAUUUCGAGCAAUUUUUUUUGCAGAUUUAGCUUUUGAUAACCAAAUCGUCCAAGCAUCUUUCCUGGGCGAAAGGGGAUAAAUGACUUGAAUAUUAGUUCACUAAUGUUCGUCGUAUGCUCCUCCCCAGGGAAAAUCUUUUUCAUCUCAUCGAAUACCCUAAUUGUGCUUGAUUUUCAAAAUUUCUUUACUUUCAUGAGU